AUGGCUCCUACACUGAACAGUAAAGCGACCAAGUCCAACUCAGGGGACUCAGCAGUGGACCGGUUGCUGAUGCGCUGCAUGCCGCGAGCGUCCCUUCGGUCCAUCUUCUCAGGGGACGUGGUGGCCUUCAAUUCCCCGCUGGCGCCUGCGGGGGGCCAGGAGAACAUCAUGGUGCGCCGCGUGGCGGCAGUGGAAGGAGAUGAGCUCAUCACAGAUGACCCUGCCGACGCCAGCUUCACCAUUCCAGAGGGCCGAUGCUGGGUCUUGGCAGACAAUGAGGAGCUGAAACCUCCCGACGUGAUUGACAGCCGGACAUUCGGGCCCCUGCCAGUGGAGAACAUUGUGGGGCGAAUUGUCUACUAUGUGCGGCAGAAUGAUCAUGGGGUGGUGGAGAACAGCAAGACUGCCAUGGCAGCAGAUGCUGCUGUGCUGGAAGCUGAGCUUGACCUGGAGAAGCUCAGGGAGUCGUGAGAUUUGAAGAUUUGGAGAGGGAGUCUGUAUAAUAUUUGUCGCCCAACCAGCAGGGAUCAUGUUGUGUCUUGAGGGAUGUCACUGCCUGUACUUGUCGCCCAGCAAAGGAGCUAGUAGGUAUGUCACAAAAAACUGGACACGAGAAGUUGACCGUGAUACAGAAAGCAAGGCUGGACAAGUGUUGUUUGAGCGCAGAGAGUUUCAGCACGCAUGGGACAUUUCACGGGGUACCGUUUCAUCUUCUGUGGCUCGCAUUAGCUCGUGCCAGUCACAAUAUCAAGAAUUGAAUGGAUGCAAAUUUACAUUUGGGAUCAAAGCCGCAUCUGCUGGCAGUUACCUCACGAGGCCGGGUGGAAUACAAUGGCUAGAACAGAGCAGUUGUCCCUGCAUCGUCUCACACGUACAGCCUGGAACGACAAACACACUUGGUGUUGGAGUCUCGCCAUUGGCUCAAGCUGUGUACACAUGUGAAUGCCCCUAGACGAUGGAAUAUCCUGAAUUUCUAAGGGCUUAAGCAUGGAUUAGUAACCUCACCUCAU